AUGACGACAAGAGAACGAGACGGCAAGAAGUUAUCUCAGACGACUCAGAUAGCGACUCAGCAUCCGACCGAGUGUCAGCUAGUGUUACCAGAGAAGCCAACUGUCAAAGCUGCCCGAGCCGGCCGGAUGGAGGAAGCAAAAGAAGACCGUUUCCCGUCGACUCCAAUAUUGACCUUUGUCUGGGACACGGCCACCAUGAUCACUUGGGCUUUUGGGCACGUUGGAUAUCGAGACCUGACCCUCGCGAGGUCUGUUGUUGACACGGGCGGCGGCUUGACUACCACUGUUCUCGACGCCGAAAGACCGCCGCGCUCUAGAGUGAUAUUCUAA